AUUCUUCACAACAUGAACGCUAGGAAAGAGUUAACAGGAUGAGUUUUCACUUCCUCUCUGUCAUUGUCUCCACCCCCUUCUUCUGAAGCUUUAGUAAGUACAGUACAGCGGUCGUAUUGUGUUUAUGUUUUCUGAAUCUGCAGAAAUGGAGACGGCUGCAAUGAUUUUUGACCUAAACUCCGUGAGCCUGGCUUUGGUUCUGGGUUUGAUCUUUCUGGUUCUGUUUGAGAUGAUGAGGAUUCACUUCACCAGAGCCAAAAAUCCACCUGGACCCACACCUUUCCCUUUUGUGGGAACUAUACCUUAUGUUAUAAAGGACCCAAUGGGAUCUAUCAGAUCACACAGUCAAUAUGGAGAGAUGACAACCGUGUACCUUGGAAGCAAACCCAUAAUAGUUCUUAAUACACUUCAGAUCUCCAAGGAAGCCCUAAUCCAAGAGGCUUCAACGUUUUCUGGAAGACCAUAUAUACCUCUCAUGGAAUGGUUUUCUAAAGGACUUGGUAUUUUAAUGACGAAUGGUCACUUAUGGAAACAGCAGAGAAGGUUUGCUCUUCUCACGCUCAGAAACUUCGGCCUGGGAAAGAAAUCUGUGGAAGAGCGUGUGUUAGAUGAAGCCCGAUACCUGGUUAAUGAGAUGCUCAAAGAUGAAGGAACGGCAUUUGAUCCGCAGCACGCCCUACAGAAUGCAGUUUCCAAUAUAAUCUGCUCCAUCAUGUUUGGAGAUCGCUUUGAAUAUGAUAACAAACGCUUUGCACACCUUCUGAAAAUCCUUAAUGAGAACAUCAUGCUGUCAGGGUCUGCUAUAGGACAGAUUGUCACCUUACUUCCCUUCCUCAUGCACUUCCCUGGACCUCACCAGAAGAUCCUUCAGAACAACACUGAGUUACAGGAUUUCAUUCGUGGGGAAGUUACAGAACACAGACAAACUUUGGAUCCAGAAAACCCACGAGACUUCAUUGAUGCCUACCUGUUAGAGAUAGAGAAACAAAAGUCGCACAAGAAUUCAACGUUUCAUGAGGAGAACAUGGUUAUGUCAGCAGCCGAUCUCUUCUUGGCUGGAACUGACACAAUGGCGACCACCAUAAGAUGGGGACUCAUCUUCUUGAUGGAAAACCCAGAUGUACAAGAGCAAUGUCAUAAGGAGAUUGUUCAGGUGUUGGGUUAUGAUCGUCUGCCCAGCAUGGAUGACCGUGACAAACUUCCAUACACAUACGCCACUGUUCAUGAGAUUCAGCGCUGUGCUAACAUUGCACCGCUUGGUGUAGUUCAUGCAACCACACAGCCAACCAGACUAAGAGGAUAUGACAUUCCUAAGGGAACUAUGAUCAUGACAAACUUAACAGCAAUUUUCACUGAUAAGGAGCACUGGAAAUUUCCGGACACUUUCAGUCCAGAGAAUUUCUUAGAUGAAAACGGACAUUUCCACAAACCUGAGGCGUUCAUUGCUUUCUCAGUGGGUCCGAGGGUUUGUCUCGGUGAGACCCUUGCAAGGACAGAGCUUUUCCUUUACUUUGUGUCUCUACUACAGCGGAUUCAUUUCUCCUGGCCACCAAACUCACAGCGUCCAGACAUGGAUGGUAUCAUUAGUGCAUUGAGACACCCUUACCCCUUCAAAAUCAUUUGUUCUAGCAGAGAUGCCAAAUACUGAUCGUCAGUGACACGCCAACAGACAGCUGAAGAACAUCACAUUCAGAAUAAAAGUUGCUGCUCAGAAUCUACAGAUACAUCUUGUCAAAGGUUCUCAAAAUCGUUGAAGGUCCAGGAUUUAUGUUUUGACUCUUUAUUUCUAAACAUUCUUUGAUUUCCCCUCAAUAACAUUUAAGAGUAAAAAAACUGCACCAGUGUACUGUUCUGUGUUUAAUAGAUUGUAGGGGUGGAGACAAAAUGUAUGUUAUACACACCUGUGUGUAAAACUGUUGAAGGACUGGUGUGAGUUAUCUGAUCAUGUGACUGUCUGCCCGUUUUAUUACAUAAACACCUGUUCAUUCUACAGAGUCUUAAAAGAUGUAACUCUACAAGCACACAAAGGCCUGACACUGUAGAUAGAGUUGUGUUAGCCGUGCAAUACAACAUAGUCAAAGGGCAGGCAGACAAAUCCAGUAAGCAAAGAGACAGUCCAGCCAGGCAAACAGAGCAAAAACGUAAUCUAGAAACAGUAAUCUGAUGAAACAGGAAAAAUGGUCAAUGGACACUUAGAACACAUUAAACAUGGUUUAAAUAUAAAAGAUAGGGUGACCAUUUUUCUGGGACAUAUCCUGGCCAGGAUUUCGAAAGUCAUAUUUGUCGACCGCAUAGACCCCUUCAAUGUUUGUAAACAUUGAACGCCUAGGUUGGGUGCGCGUGCAGCAUAUGGGGUCAGAAAAAUGGUCAUACAAUACAGGCUUUCUAAUUUAAUCUAACAGGGCUGAUAAAUGAUGACUUACCUGAAAUGGCCUUUGAAUUGUCCCAGUCUGCACGUUUAAUUGCUUGCAACCACAUUAUGUCGCCUAUUUUUUUAAUGGAUGAGAUCCUGCAGGAAUCCUAAAAAACUUAACUGCAAUUUUCACACAUAGGUGACAAUAUUCUUUGGAUUCAACAGAACAAUACGCAACUCCACUUGAUAGGAUGACAUUUCUGACCCCGACAUGCGCAGUUCAACCGCGAAUUCUUCUGUGACGUGAACUGUGAAGGGGUCUAUACAUCAUCAACGUUUAUUAUUUCAGGUUCUAUUUCAUUAAAAGCAACCGUUAUAUUUUAAGGUAAGAAUGAAACUACAAUGAUUGUAUAUGAUUUUAACUGAAGUGUGAGAAUCUCGUAGACAAAUGCAGUCAACAAAUAUGACUUCCGGAAGACGCACACAAAAUCCUGUCAAGGACGCAAGGCUGCAGCCUCCAGACUAUUAACAAUUAUAAAAUUGACUAUUGUUCAUAGUUAAUCGUAAAUUGUUGUAAUAUGCUUAUGACUUACAAAUGUAAUGCUUAGUUAACUUAAAUAAACCAGGCUUGAUGAUGUAUGCAGCUUGCAAAUGCGUCCUUAUGAGUUUUUUUAUUUUUAUACUUUUAUCCUUUACAAGUGUUUAUGUGUAGCUGCCAUGUUUAGCCCUUUAUUUUUGGGUCCUGUUUUUUGAAUAUUUAAUAAACACCUUUUUGUUUUGUA